CGCCGUCGCGAAGUGCCCGGACUUUGGGUCGCCGGGAGCCCGAAGCACCUGCAGCGUGCCGCCGGGAGCCGGAGCGGAGAAGCCGAGCGAGUCCCCGUCUUUCUUUGCUCGCCAGCUCCACUUCCACGGGGCAAGAAAGGGAAACUCCGGCUGCGUCCCCAGAGGCGGCUAGUUGUCGAGGCUCGCCGGGCAGAGGAGCCCAAGGGACAACGCGGGGCUGGAGAGCUUCCGAGGAAGAAGAGUUACUUGCUCGUCGAGACUGGCCGUUGGUAUCCCCAUCAGUCAAGAAUCUACAAUUUUUUGAUUAGGUUGGGCACCCCCAUGAAUGUAACAAAUGUAUCAGGAAAUGGCACUGCUCCCUGGGAAUGCAGAUCCCGAAUUAAGCUCAUAUUCUUACAACAACUUGGAGACACUUUGCGAAGUGCAAACAAAAAAAGGAUUCUUCUACAAGAAAGCCAAACUUUUGCGUCCUGGGGAAGACUUGUAUUGCUUUGCCUGCCGGGAGGACCGAGCCAGGUAUGUCAUCAUCAACGUAGGUGGCAUCAAAUACAGGAUUCCAUGGACAACAUUAGAGAAUUGUCCUUUGACCAGGCUUGGAAAGUUAAAAUCAUGCAACAACUAUGACGAGAUAAUGGAUAUUUGUGAUGAUUAUGAUGUCAACUGCAAUGAGUUUUUUUUUGACCGCAACCCUUGUGCCUUCCGGACAAUCAUGACUUUUCUGACAGCUGGGAAGCUUAGGCUCCUCAGGGAAAUGUGUGCACUCUCUUUCCAAGAUGAGCUGGUCUACUGGGGAAUAGAAGAGGAACACCUGGAAUGGUGCUGUAAAAAAAGACUACGGCAGAAAGAGGAAGAGAUGGCAGAGGCUGCAUUGUUUGAAGAAGAAAUGGCAGCUAACGAAGUGCCGCAAUGUGCCUUUGAAGACCGCAGCCGUUUGCGUUUGUGCAUGAGAAGGCUCAGGGAUAUGGUGGAGAACCCUCACUCAGGGAUCCCAGGAAAGAUCUUUGCUUGCAUAUCUGUUUCCUUUGUUGCCAUCACUGCUGUUAGCCUGUGUAUAAGCACCAUGCCAGAUCUCAGAGAAGAAGAAGAUCGGGGUGAAUGUUCUCAGAAGUGCCAUGACAUUUUUGUGCUGGAGACUGUCUGUGUGGCUUGGUUUUCCUUUGAAUUCAUCUUGCGCUCCAUUCAAGCAGAAAGUAAGUGCGCCUUCUUGAAGACCCCACUCAACAUCAUAGACAUUUUGGCCAUCUUGCCUUUUUACAUCUCGUUGAUUAUAGAUAUGGCCUCUACCAAAACCAACAAUAAGCCUGGAGGUGGGAGUACUGGCGGAAACAAGUAUCUAGAGAGAGUGGGCCUGGUUCUCCGCACCUUACGAGCUCUUCGUAUUCUGUAUGUCAUGCGGCUGGCACGACAUUCACUGGGCCUGCAGACCUUGGGACUUACGGUGCGCCGCUGCACAAGGGAAUUUGGACUCCUCCUCCUUUUCCUUUGUGUCGCUAUGGCACUUUUCUCCCCACUGGUUUACUUGGCCGAGAGUGAAAUGGGGGCCAAACAUGAAUUCACUAGCGUUCCUAGUAGUUAUUGGUGGGCUGUGAUAUCCAUGACCACUGUUGGUUAUGGUGAUAUGGUACCACGUAGCAUUCCAGGACAAGUGGUAGCCCUGAGCAGUAUCUUGAGUGGUAUUUUACUUAUGGCUUUCCCUGUCACUUCCAUCUUCCAUACUUUUUCCCGCUCCUACAUAGAGCUGAAAGAGGAACAGCAACGGGCUGCUAGCCGGCAGCUUCAUCAGGUGGAAGACAAAACUCGGAAUGAGGACAGUUCUCAAGAAGGGGACUCCACAAGUCCUCAAGGACUUGAUGGGGAGAUGGCAGAUACUGGGACUGAACAGGGAGCUAAGAACUGCUGACUCACAGAAAACCGAAGUCUUGCAGGAACAGCAUGGACAAAAUAGGCAAGUGGACACUAUGUAUCUGAAGUAAACGCUGAGCUGUCUAGUGUCUAAGCUACACAGUGUGAAAGAGAAGGACUGUCUUCUGAGCUGUGACAGAACAUGGAACUUAAUUAAAACUGAGGGCAGUUAAGCUUCACCAUUCUAAGAACACAAGAGACUCUUGAGCACUGAAAAAAAUGCUAUUGCUGUUUAAUUUUAGAAGAGCAGCUAUUUAAGAUAGGUUUCCACUGUGCACAUGAGAGAAAAUAAUAGUGAUAAAGAAUUUUUUUCAAAACCAAGUGCCGCAAAUUCAGUGUGAUGUGCUAUGCGCCACUGAGUAUGCAUUGGGUUGGAGCAAAAAAUAAAUGGUACAAAAACCUUCUUCCAAGUCUUGCAUCACCAAUAAGAGUCAUACCUUUGUAUACCCGGAUGGGAGUAUGUACAGGAAAGAUAAAAGGUGAAUUUGGAAGCACAGGGAUUAGGGGUUUUUUUCUGGCUAACUGGAAAAACUAUCCCUAGUUUACCUCUGUUUUAGUUUUUUCUUCAAUAAAAGCAAAUCAAUAACCACAAUGUUGGCUGCCUGCUGACAGGUCUGACAUGUGCUUUAGCUCUUUAUGCAUUAUUUAGUGAACAUGCAGAUUUACUACUUUUGCAUCCUAGUUUGGAUGACAGACAUACACAGACUGUUUUCCUUUGCUGAGCUUUGAAUGUACAUUGUUUUAAAUGUAAUAAUAUCCUACUGCACCCCACUGGCAGUAGAGCCAUGCUUUUCAAAUUAGAGGAGAGGAGCUCUGUAAGAUCAGUGGCCAAUUUGCACAUGUAUUUGCAGGGCAGAGAGUAUAAUAUGCAAAAGCUGAACUUGGAACAUCUGCAGAGGUGCACUUACAGGAGAAAGCACGAGUCACUUUCAGUUCCAAUGUCCCCAAAUAUGAUGUAACAAGCGAAACCACUUUUAAACUGCAGAAGGAUAUAUCACUAUAAAAGUUUCUUGCCAUUAAGAGUGAGUGUGUCAUAUUUAAGACAAGGACAGUUUUACUCUUUGGUUUACCCCAAAGAUUCAGUAACAUUUUGGGCCAAAACAAGAACAACAUUUCAUCAUGGCUGGCCUUUGCAAAUAAAUGUUCCAGAAUAACAGGAGCCAGUACAGCGCAUAUCUUGUGGCUAUUUCCCCCCUACAUUUGUCACAGCAAUCAGCUGUAGAGAGGUCCACUCCAAAAAUCUCAUAUAAGACCUUCAAAUCAGAUCAGAAAUAAAGAGCACCAUCAAUCUUGAGAAGAACUCAGUUCUACCGUGUUUUCCCGAAAGUAAGACAGGGUCUUAUAUUCAUUUUUGCUCCAAAAAACACAUUAGG